AUGAGUAAAAAAAGUGGUUCAAGUGCUGGUGGUGGUGGUGGCGGUGGCAACAAUAAAAAUAAUAAUGACAAUGUGACAGGAAAUGAAUUCAUUUUUCCUGGUGAACGUCUUUUAAAUGAAGUUAUGAAUGAACAUCCAGGUGAAUUAUGUCGUACCGGUUCACCGGCAAUCAUUUGUACACCAUUACCAAUACAUUGGCGUUCGAAUAAAACAUUGCCAAUUUCAUUUAAAGUGAUUGCAUUAUGUGAAGUAAAUGAUGGUACAUUAGUUACUGUACGUGCUGGUAAUGAUGAAAAUUGGUCCGGUGAAUUAAGGAAUUCAUCGGCAAUCAUUAAGAAUCAGGUGGCCAAAUUUAAUGAUUUACGUUUUGUUGGCCGUUCAGGACGAGGAAAAAGUUUUUCACUUACAAUCACUGUGGCAACAAAUCCACCACAAGUGGCUACAUAUAUGAAAGCGAUCAAAGUUACUGUUGAUGGUCCACGUGAACCAAGAAGUAAGACAAGUCUAUUGAAUCAUUGUUGGCCAUAUCCCGGUGCUCAUCAUCAUCAUCAUCAUCAUCAUUCUACACAUCCAUCAUCCGUACAUCGAGUACAUCAUGCAUUAAAUGCAAAUACCGCAAAUGUAAACGCUGCAACAGGUGCCCAAUUACAUGCUAGUUUUUUGAAUGCAGCGGCAGCCGCUGCUGCCGCUGCUUCUUCUGCUGGUCAUCCUCAACCGAUUGCGGCAUCUAUUCAUCCAACAACACAUCUACCACCUCCACCACCACCACCAUUUCGUGCAUUAGCAAAUGCAAUUUUUGGUGCUGCAGCUGCUGCUGGUCAUCAUCAUCAUCAACAUUCAUCAAAUCCAGUACAAAUAUCACCAUCUAAGGUGGCAACAGGUGGAAUAUUAACACCGGUAGCUACUAAUAAUGCAUCACCUGUACCUUUGAUCACACAUACAGGUACCGGUACCGGUUCAACAACAACAACAACAACACCCACAAUAAUUGGUACAAAUGAAACAAUGAUACCAGGAUCUUAUAUGGCUGCAGUUGCAGCUGCUCAAGAAUGGCGUUUAGCAGCCAAACAAAUGGUUAUGCAACAUUCUUAUGCAAAACUUUUACAACAACAACAAAGACCGGAUAUAAUGAUUGAAAAUGGAAACAACGUAUUUCCAUCAUUAUCACCAAUUCAUCAUCAUCAGCAACAACAACAACAACAACAAUGGAAUAGUAUUAAACAGGCAAUGGCAGCUGUUGCAUUAGUACAUGCAUCAUCUACAAAUAUUAAUCAUUCAAAUGCAAUAAUAGCAUCAAAAUCAUCAACCAUAACCAAAUCGAAUGAUAUUGAUGAUGAUGAUGAUGAUAAUGAUAAUGAAACCGGUGUUAAA